CGAACGGCACAUGGGUGUUGAAGGUUAUGUACCAAGUGUACCAAAACCCCUGUGGGCUCUCUCACCUUGACCAUGAGGCCAACCUCAUUGCUAGGCUAUGAUAACUGUGGGGAGAUGGAGUCGACAGACUGCAGAAGGGUUCCAGUGCUGAAUCUCAAAACUCCUCCAUACCUUGACUCCCAAAUAACACCUCUCCACCCACAUACUGUAGCCCCUCCAUUCUCCUCACCUUUCCCUCCCUUUCAUCUUGCGAUUUCCAACCGUCGCCUGUUCUGGGCAACUAAGGAGCUUCGAUCAACCGUUGGUGUGUUGGCGUCGAUAGCUAGUCCAGUCUAACGUCCACCGCCACCACCCUCUAGUCUCCACAGCUUCAUGCUGAGUCGUCACGUCCAGCUUCCAUAGUAGACUGCUGUGCCUAUACAUACCGUACCACACUCGAUCGGACUGCCUGGUUGUCUAUCUAAGUCCUUACCGCCGGCUCUGGGACAGUCGGCACAAAACAUCUUUCUCCCAGCUCCUGUCCGAGGCAUGUUCAUCCUCUUAGAUGGCUAUCAAGAAUUCAUUUGCAUUUUCGCAAUCUGAACAAAACCUGGCGUGGUGCGACAACCAUAGCAUAUCUCUCGAAAGCCGAAACAACAUGAUGCCACCUUCACCUUUACCAAUGGACUCUUUGUGGAUGUCUUCAGCAGCAACAGCAAAUCAACUACAGCCCGGCCAAAUUUCACCGUUGAGCGCAGGAUUGGACAACUCUUCUGCCCCUACGAUGGUACAUUCAGCCUCCUCAUCCUGUGCCGAUUCUUGGAGCACGGACUAUGUCGACCGAGACGAUGUUGAAAUGGACAAUAAUUGGGAGCAAGGCUCGGACGAUAUUCUUACCAUUCCGAAGCUGGAGCCGGUCGAAGAUGAUCUUAACAUGGACGAUCUAAAAGCCGCCCCCCUGGCGCCAACUUCAGUGGACUCCGCCAAGAUAGAUCCGAAACCGAAAAGACCACGAGGAAGGCCAAGGAAACACCCACUGACCACGGCAGUGAGCGCAAGUAAAGUGACCAAGGGUCGAUCAAAGACUGGUUGCAUCACUUGCCGAAAGCGCAAGAAGAAAUGUGAUGAAGCGAAACCUCGAUGUACGGCCCGAAUCAUUCACCUGAGAUAUGUGAGAUUCUAAUCAUUUGUUUCUAGGCAUGAAUUGCGAGAAGAACGCUGUGGUAUGCGAGGGCUACCACGAAAAACAGAUAUGGAAGAGCGGUAAGGAAAAGGCAGAAGAGGAGCGUUUACGCCAGGAGGCCCUUCCAAUUAUUACUAUGCAACCAAUCUUUCAUGGUGUCGAGACUGUCGAAGAUAAGGUCUUUUGGAAACAUUAUAUUACCCAUCUGAGCAAUGUCUUAACAGUUGAAGGAGAGGCCAGAAAUGCCUUCAAAGACAUCAUCCUUCACCUCGCCAAUGAACACCAAGGCCUCAUGCACUCUAUUCUGGCAGUCAGCAGCAAGCAUAUCGACUGGGAUACACCGUAUGGUGCCAAGUUAUUGGCCGACCAUCCUCAGUCCAAUCGGGAGGCGCUGCAACAGCGCGCCGAUUAUCACCACGACGAGUCCAUGAAGCGACUAUACGAGGAUAUGGGGCGCCCAUUGGACAAGGACGAUCCUGAGUACAAGACUAUUCUCUCUGCGAGAUAUGGACAAAUGCUCUGCUUGCUCCUCCAGACAAGAGCCGAUGGAAACCCUCGAGGUGAACAUCGAGUGCACCUCCAAGCUUACCAGACCCUGAUUCAACACUCACCCCCUGAGGACCCGGCUUUAUAUACUUUCAUAACUGAGUUCUUCCAGUAUCAUAUCUUUGCCGAUGACUUGUUCUGGCACCCUGAGAACAUGACAGCUAGACUGUCGUCUGAAGAUUGGGAGCCUGUAGCACCGAUACAGCCUCCCCGUUUAAUAGGUGUUGGGGAUGGCCUCUUCCAGUAUCUAUCUCAGAUCACGACUAUUCGAAACACAAUCCGAGCCAACAUUUCUGCUGGUGUUGACCCAGUGGUGGACUACACCAGCUUGUAUCAGGCUGCUGAGAUUGACGCGGCCAUUCGCGAGUGGACACCAAACUGGCCAUGGGGCGACAGCCGUGACCGAGUCGGACUGCUCUACAAGCAGAUGAUGUGGGUGUAUCUUUUCCGGACGAUCUACCCACCUUCAGUCUCCUCAAUGCGCCGUUCGACGUUCAGCACCUUGCCCAUCUCGGCCUCAACUACUGUCGCUCCUCCUCCACCACCACCCAGACGAGCUUCAAUGAUGGCCACAGUAUCAAGGGGUAACGGUGUUACUGGGGCUACUGAUGUUCACAUGGCCAGUAGCUGUCCAACAUCUCGCAACCCUUCGAGGACAAAUUCCAUGCACGAACAAGACUCGUCAACAUACCAAGAGAGGGCAUCCUCACCCCCACCUUCCAGAAGGCCAGCGUAUCACGACCGGCGCAUUACGCUCGCCGUUGAAGAGUCUCUCACUAUUUUGGAGUCAUUCAAGCCUUCUGAUCCCUCCCAGACUCUGCUACUUAUUCCCUGUCUAGUUAUUGGCACUGCCUGCUUUGAGCCAGCCCAGCAGGAACGCAUACGCACUGCAGUAAGAUCUGUUCGCGGAUAUACAGGCCUACGGAACUGCGAACGUGUCAUGGAACUUCUAGAAAAGGUUUGGGCAUGCAUGGACCAGGGCGACUGGGUGUCUGUAUGGGACUGGCAAGGUGUUGCCCGACGAAUGCGUCUUGAUUUCUCAUGCGCAUGAACUUAGACGACAGCAUGCAGAUGGCAAUUAGUCCUAUUCAAAUUUUCGUCACCAUAUAUACCACAACACUGGAGUUGUCCAGGUCGUUACCACAUGGUACAGCUUUUCAUUUAUGCGUAUAAUGUUUACAGAGCCAAGUUUAUGACAGUAUACCAGUCAGUUAUUGUUGUUGCUUUUCUUUCUGUAGCUCCGAGGUCUCUGAGAAUUCAUUAGCGCCCGAAACGGCAGCUUGCGCAUAUAUCUGAGACGGGAGCUGGAAGAGGAUGAGGCCUGGUGUUUCAGCACCCAAGCCUAGAUCAUCAUGUCGGUUCAUCACCGAGUUAUUACGACGCAAGGAAUCAUGGGCCUGGUGUUACUCACAGUUUGAUUUCCUUUUCCCUCAAGUAUGCCUUCAAUGACUAUUUCAUUGGACACUUUGGAUAGCAUUUGUCAAGGACGAGGGUUGCGAUUAGCCCGCCCCAAGACUAGGAUCGCCUAUUUGAUGGGACGGGCGUUUAUCUCGAGCCAGAUGCACUUACAGAACGAGCGAUGAUUUCUGAGACAGAAAGUGUUUAAAGCCAUGGCCGACGCCAUUCUUUCUCGCUAUCUUAGUUUCAGGAUAUCUGCCAAAAGAAGUGCACGGAGCAUGAUCACACAGUUUGAGGCGAAUAGAUAGCGGCAUCAUAUCUAGAGACCAGGUACAACGGGCAUGCUGAUAAUACAGCAUGCUUUGGCUUUGACCACAAUAACAUGAAGCAACGUGCCAGGAUCUAAACUGACCUCGGCAACGUUGGAAGACCAUUCAACGUCCAAUCAAUCCCCGAUUGCAUCGUGACAUAUUCACAAAAGAAACAAAAUACUCUGUACACAAGUACUAAAGUCAGUGGCUGAAAUGGGACAUGUUUGUACAGCAUAAAAGGCCAUUGUUGGAAACAGCCCUGAGCAUUUUCAAUAUGGGAGGCCCCAAAACGAAAUAUUAACAUGUAAACGAAACUGGCGGGACAGCGAUGCGCGCGCAUAUAAUCUAAAACAUAGAAACUUCUUUCAAAGACAAGCGCAGCAUGAGAAAUAUGACCAUAUCUCUCAAGCUCGUCGUGCCUGGUAUCGUGCUUCAAUCCAGCCGUCGAGUCAUUACCACCCUUGCAGAUGAAGGCUCGGCUGGGAUUUCUCUUUUGAUGUAAUAACCGUUCUAAUCAUCACGCUUCUCGCCUUCAAAGUAGAACUUGCCCAAAGGCUCAUCAACCCGCCCAGGCCCUACGAGACCCGAAGCAGGCGCCCUUGUCUCACCUCUGUCCAACCUCUGGACAAUACGCUCUGCCGCCUCCUGAGCAGCAGCAGUUUGUGGUUGAGGCUGCGACGCAGAGACAGGGCCUCGGAAGGUUGUGUCAACAAAAGAGUCGUUCUCUGGCGCUUGGCUUGGAUUCGGAUCAAUCGCGACACCGUCCAUCAUGCGAGCGUCCCGGCGCUCCUGUAGUGCAGACACACUUACAGGCGUGUCACCGCCCAUAUGAGUGUCACGCUCCCGCCGGGCGUCGCUCAGACCGGAAUUGGUUCUUUCAAGACCCCAAGCUUGGGGUGCCGUUCGACGAUGAUAAAUGGGCCCAGAUACGGUACUACCAGCACCCUCGCCAAACCCAACAAGAGACGCAGAGCCGUCAUCGCUCAUGCGAUCGUCAUAACCAGCCACAGAACGGGCAUUGGCACCAUCGAGAUCCUCGUCCAUAGCGUCGGGAUAGCCACCCAUGCUUGCGACUGACUCGGCUUCACGGUAGUUGGUAUCGGUGCUGAACAUGUCUUCAUCAUGUUCGCCAGCAGUUGUGCGUGUAUCAUCGCCAUCGCCAACAUGGCUCUCAGUUGCGCUGGCCGUCCCGACAGUACUCAUCUUGGUCACAGCGACAGGCUGGCCAUUGCUAUCGAAAUAUGCAGGUGUCAGGUGCUGUGUAGCAGGGUAGUUGGGUGGGAACCCAGUUGUAGAGGUUGGCGUGGUCUGAGGUGAGGGAGAUGAUGCACCUUGGGCGUUCGCUUGAGGAGGUGCCCGAAGGGUUGAAACUCGCUCGAGGCCAGCGAGUCGGGAGAUUCGGUCGGCACGUUCAGCCUCAAGGCUUUGUGUGGAAGGGUUAUGUUGGUGUCCACGACUGAGAGGACCCUGUGGGAAGUGGCCGCGAUGACCAUCUUUGAUCGCAGUGGUAGAUAGGGCGGAAAGCGAGGUAGUGGUGCUCGUAGGAGUGCCUCUGAGACGGGCAACGAUGUCAGUGAACAAGUUUCAAGGGGCAGAGACAUCAUAUCAAAUGAUGGGCAAUGCUAGGAGCAAGGAAGAACACACGGCAUCUCAGAGGGGGUCUCUGGUCUGGAGGUGGGAGGCGGGAGGUUGAUGAAGGUCGGGGGCUGUGUCUGCGCCAUGAUGACAAAAGGCCGUUUCAGUAGUGAGAGGAUGUCCGGUUGGAACGCAAUGGGUAUUGUGAUUUCACAGGGGCUUCGAGUCGGAUAGUCGUAGAAGUGGACGUGGAUGCGAUGAUAUGAGGCGACGUCAGGUAUCGAGGAUCUCGCCGUCAACGGCGCUCAGGAAGUUAGGAGCCUGUUGAUAGCAGGCGGAGGAUACGAUGAAGUCUAUCGCGUGGCACUAUCUUCGGUGAUGACUUGGUGCCGCUGGAAUUUCGAUGAUUGUUGUAAGAAAGAAAGAGAAAAGGACGUGGGGAAUUGGGAGUGGGAAAAAGUGUAUUAUCGCAAGUUCAGCUUCGUUUUGUUGGUUAGGUUGGGCAGGGCGAGAGGAAUGAAUGCAAGACAUGCAUUGCGACUUCCCACGUCCAGUUAAGUUAAGGAAGUUAGCACAGCUUAAGGCACGGUGCGCCAUGAACCUACUGGAAGCCCCCUACAGAACAGGCACAACAGGCGCUGGAACGGUGCGAUUGGAGAGCUGUACUCAGAGGAAUGAGGGGGAGGGGUCAAGUGAUUGGGCGGACAAAGGGUGGAUUAUGACGUCGAUUGUGAAUGCCGUGAUUGGCCAGGGAGCAUCGGUAUCUUCGAAUCGGGAAUUAUGAGAUGCCAAUGCCAAAUCUCUGGCUCCAGGGCCCUCGAUGAUACCUAAUAAAAUUAAUGAAUACGGGCAGUAAGUACCACCUGGCGCUGAACAGAUAUUCGUGGCUUAUUUCUCAGCCUAUGAGGAUAUGUUUAAUAUGCUCGCCCUACAAUCACGUUGAUGCAGACAGGUCAUGGCUAGGUAUUGAUUGCAUCAGGCCAUGCCCAUGCCCCAGCUAACCAACGGUUGGCUCUAAAACGAAUAAGGGACGGGGGGAGCUGAGGUUUCAUUCCGGCGAUAACAGAUAAAAAAGAAGUCCAGAAAAUGAUCUUCUUAUUUUGACCCAAUUACUCAUAUCAACAGUAUUACUCCAAUGCAAUGCUCUCCCAGAUCCAAGUGCGGAUCUAGACGGUUUUUCUCCCAUAUACUUCUCCAUUCCUUUCGCAAUCUCCCAUCUCUUUUUUUUUUUUCCGAAACAAAAUGAGGCUUAUCUGAGCGCCACAAACAUACGCGUCCAUCUACCAAAUUACAGGCCAGAGAAAAAUCGUCAAUCCUCGCUGCCAUUGACAUUCCGUAUAGCGCCACAAUCAUGUGAAAUAAAAUGACCAAACCCGUUCAACCAGAAAACGCUUGCCGAGAAGAAUCAUUGCAGAAUCUGAAAUGUGCAAUGAUCUCUAAGGAGAAUGGCAGGUACUCUUAUAGAAGGGCCAUUCCGAGAGAUGUGAUGCCGAGUACCAACGACAGAACAACAACACCAGGAGUCAUGGGCGAAGGAGAACCAGCGUUGAUAUCAGGGACCGUGGUCUUGGGAGCAGGAGGGUCCCAGGUAAUCGUAGGUCCAUCAGCCGUGGUUUGAGAAGCAGCCGACUUCUCCUUUGUGGCAGACUUGGUAUCGGACUUGUCGGUCUUUGAUUCCUUCUUAUCGUCCUUGCCCGUAGCAGUUGCAGAAGCCUCUUCUGUUGCGUCCGCUGUCUUGGAGUCGUCGGCAGUCGCGGAGGCCUUGUCGUCGGUAGCCUUGGCCUUUUCGACGGCAGUGGUAGACUCCUCGUCCUUGGCGGCGGCGAUGACACCGGUGAGGAGGAUGGCAAUAGGGAGGACGUGCUUGGAGAAGCGCAUGAUGUCGGGAUAUCAAGUGUUGUAUGAUCUGAAGUGUUGAGUCGAUCGAUCAGCGGAGGAAUAGGGGAUACACCAAGACAACGAUCGAAUAGUAGAAGUGAUAAGGAUCCCAACUGUCAGAGAAGACAAGCGAGAGACUUUGGACUGAGUUGGUCAGUAACGAAAGUGAAUAGCACCCAAGAAGGAAUUAGUUAGAAGGUAAGGAUGAAGAAAGAGAAGCGGAAGCAAGUGGAAAUGGAUAGGUAUGGAGACAUUCAGGAAGAAAACAGGGGAACAUGGGAAGAGUUAAGCCUCAGUUUUUCGACGCUAGAGCAUGACUUGGUAGCUUGGGCACCUAAAUUUGGAAACAAGGGUCCGCUAGUGCCAAUGGAUGUCCACUGUGAUCCUGGGGUACAGUACAUUUGCAUUGCAUUACAUUAUUCCACUGAGGAUGUCUUAUUAGGGAUUGAAUGUCUCGGAGGAUCGAUCAAUCAUGAGUGGCGAGUCUGUUGGUAUCUGGGCUGUUUAUUUACUCUUGCCCGGUAACGUUACUAGAGCCUGAAGACAUGCGCUGCUCAGUCUAGUCAGUCUGCCCUAGUAUCAGCAAUAGGGGAGUUGACUGAUUACCUACCUAUACAGGAGGUUGGGCAAACCAGCACCUAAACACGGGAGAGUACACGUCAAAGUUAUCCAAUACAAUGAUACUGAAAGUCCAAGACCAACAGCC